AUGGGAUUGACCAAAGAAGAAAAGAAAGCCAAAAAAGAGGCGAAAAAGCUAGAAAAGAUACGACUAGAAAUUGAAGCAAGAAAACAACUAAAGCGUGAAGAGCUGAACCGUGAGAUUGCUGCACAGGCUCUAAGACGAGGAGAACUCGACAGGAGUUGGCGCGCGUUGAUGCUCAAAAUAAAAGAACCUAUCUUUAGACAGGAUAUCGAAGUGAUGUGGCAUGUCUUCGAAAGAGCUUAUGAUAAAAAAGAUCAUAUUAUUCAGUUUACUAUGAAGCUUAUGGAUGUGGCUGACGAUCAGUUCCAGCGGACAGUCGCCAGCUUCUGUGAUACCAUAGAUAGGAUGAUUAACAAAUUUUUAUCGGAUUUAGAGGAUAUGUCUAAACAAAAUGAUGAACGUACUAAGGAAUUAUUGAAACGCGCUGAUGACGAAACAACUCAAAUAAUGGCUGAUCACACUGCAGCUGAAACACAUUUACAGCUACUUCUGUUCCACGCAUUUAACACAGCUGAUACUUUGGCAUGGACUACAAGAGGUGAAAAUAUGGUAAAAGCAGAUGAAGAACGCAGCAAAUACGUAGAUGAGCGCGAAAGCUUAAGAUCGUUUCUCGAAAACAAUUAUAAUGCAGUUUGGGAUGAAUAUAAAGCUGUGCUCAGGGCUUACGUACUCGGCACAGCAGAAAAUCAAAAGGCUGUGCGAAAACUAAGAAGAAAGGAAAAUCUGAUGGCUGACAUAAUUGCCUCUCAAGGGAAAAAAAUUGCUAAUAGUGAUGGCUUGCUAAGGAGGCUGCGUUCAGAAUUGGCAGCUUACGAAUCUGGCACUAAACAAGCCGUGUUUAGGGAACGUCGUAACAGGCACCGAGAUGCAUGUUACAGGUUGAAACACUUCAUGUACAAUGGUGUUGAUACUGAUGUAAAACAACUAGCAAUACUGGUGAAAGUUUCCGAUGAUGCUGUUGAAUGGUUGGAGCAGGCAUACAAAAAAGUCGAUAAAAUUCUACGUAUGGCAGGACUUUGUCGAAAAUUUGAGACGCAACGUGAAAAGGUUCUACCAUUUGGCUCAUGUACGCCCCAUUCUCCAACACAAUCGAAACUUAAUGUGCGUAGACUAGCAUCGGAUGACUCGCUUGUUUUAAAUGCUAUGUCAGCAACAAGUGGUUUGACAAGACUAUGGCACCGAAUCUCGAAAGCCGAACUGACGAAAAGAGCUUUAUACCGCGAAAAGGAGUUGUUAGAGGAAGAAAACGCUCUUAUAUUGAGCCAUCUACAAGAAUAUAAUGAAAACAAAAUUAAACUUGAAUCAAGGAAAUGCUCUUGUACAAAGCCUCCUGUGCAACAACUUGUUGUACGAGAUCCCCCAGUCUUUCGUCCAGUUGCAAUUGAUGGAGUUGCAGAAAUUAACAAACUUAGUUUACACUUUAGUAAACAUAUGAAAUAG